UCCAAUUCAGCUCCGAUAUUUAAAGUCUAUUUUUUUUUAUAUUUCUACUUUUUCUUUUUUUUCAUUAUACAUUUUUUUUAUUACUACAUUAUUAUUAUUUUUUAAACAUUAUAUGAAUUGUAUUCAAACAGGCAAGCCCUUUUAAUUUUUUACUUUUUGUUCCUUGACAUAAUUAUUUAUACUAUUUUUUCUAUUUAAUAGAUAAAUUCAUUGAUUCUCGGUAAAACAACAAUUCGGUCUACUGUUUGAUCCAUUCUAAUCAAUUUUUAAUAACUAGGUUCGAUAACAGCACAGAAGAAUUAAUCCGUAUUAGACAAUCCGACGAUAGUUUAAGCAAUAACUAUUUAGCACCACUUCAGGAUUCACUUCACUCUUUUAGAUUUUCUAAUUCAAACACUACAUCACUUGGUUUGGCAUUGGCCCUGUCUAAAGACCAUAAGAAAGAAUGGAACGACUAUCAUCGACUUCCACCUCUUACAAUGAUGGAUGAUAAAUCGGUGUCACCACAACAACUUACACAAAUCAGAACUGGACUUCAAUCAAUUGACAUGUCUUCAAAUUCUUCGAAUAUGUCUUCAAAUCCAGUCACACCCGAUGAUAGAGAACCUAUCAGCAACAUGAAAAGAUCAACUUCAUUUAGUAAUUUCUCUUGCAACUUCCGUAGACAUCGUACCACACUUGCUUCAAACUCAUUAUACCCAAGUACUUCAACCAGUACUACCACUACUACUAAGCCAGCAAUCGACUCAAAUAUAUCGAGAUAUUUGCCUCAAAACCAGGCUGUGAUUACAACUCAAGAUAACUGGCGCAUCAGCCUUUCCAACCAUAUUGCAACAAUGGUUCUAUCCGGUUCAAAAAGAAAUAAUAACCAAGAUUUCAUUGGAAAGCAUAUACUCGAUUUUAUAGAUGUGACUCAUAGACCCCUAUUACUAGAGAAAAUAGUGAAGAGAAGAGAGGAUCAUCAUCAUUCAAAUUUAAACGGAAGCGUAUUAAUUUGCGGUGACGUUUUACCCAUUGUUAAGCAAGAUGGCUCCAAAUCAUCUGCCUCACUCUGGUUAAAGGAAAAGAAGAAUGAAAUGGGAUCUUCUAUUUUUAUCUGGAUCUUUGAAGAAGUGUUUCAAAGCACAAUCAAAGUUGUUCUUAGAAAUGGAUUGAUUGAUUCAAUUGACGACGGUGUAUCCGAAUUAUUUGGUUAUGCUACAUGUCAACUAUUACAAAAGCCUAUUCAUACAUUAUUGCCUCAUUUCGACACUUCCCAUAGUUUCUUUGGUGCACAAACUAAAUUAGAUGCCAAUUUCCCUGUCAUGGUGAAGCAUGUGCUUGAAAAAAAUAUGAUCCGAAUUAUCUCCAUGCCGACGUUGGCGGGUCUGGUGACAGUAGGACGAAAUGGAACAAUUGAAAAUUGUAAUGCAGCAUUCUCAAAAUAUCUUUUUGGUUACCAAAAUGAUUUGACACUAUCAAAUAUCUCGCUCUUGAUACCCCAAUUCACACCACUGAUAUCUUGUCUUGAACGUGAUGAUUUGUUACAACCAGGAUAUAUUUUAAACAACCUCGUGUGUCGUGAUGUUCUUAAUUCUUAUUCCAAGAUUAGUUGCUCAGCAAUUACUGCCAAACAUAGAGACGGGACGUCAUUUGAUAUUGAUUUGCAAAUCAAAUUAUUGGAUGAUGGUAAUUUCGCUCUGUGGAUAACAUUUGACAGAGACUCAGUGUUUGCCCAAUAUGGUCAUACGACUUCUAUAACUCCAAGACAACAACAACAAUUCGAAAAGGAAUACAACGGCGUCCUAUACCCAACAACAAGUAGCAUUCGGUCUAAGUCCAUUAAUAUACCAACUGUACAACAAGACGCCGUAAAGAAAAAAAAAUCUGUCAACUUGCCCACGAAUCUUAAAGCGGAUCGACCUACCGUUGCAAUGACCAAAAUAACAAGUUUCUCGAGGCCGUCGUUUACAUCAUCAAAAUCCGCUAUUGAAACAACAAAACAACAUAUUAUAAAUUCAACAUGGCCUAGAAUUGGCGAUUAUUCAGCACAAACCUUAAAAACAUCCAUCGAAGAUUACGAUAUCAUCGACGAGCUUGGCCAAGGCGCAUAUGGAUUAGUUAAAUUGGCCUGUUUGAAAAACGAUCCAGAAAAGAAACGAGUGGUUAUCAAAUACGUGAUAAAGUCUCGUAUUUUAGUUGAUUGUUGGACUAGAGAUAGGAAAUUGGGAUUGAUUCCUGCUGAAAUCCAUGUCUUGCAUACCCUCAGAAAAAUACCCCAUAUCAACUGCAGUGACAUGCUCGAUUAUUUUGAAGACGAAGACAAUUAUUAUAUCGUGAUGGAUCUCUACGGCGCCGGGAUGGACUUAUUUGAUUAUAUUGAAUUGAAAAAUGGAAUGAGCGAAGCUGAGAUAAAAGCUAUCUUCCAUCAAGUAGUGUUAGCCGUGGGACAUUUGCAUGAUCACCGUAUUGUACAUCGUGACAUCAAGGACGAAAAUGUGAUUUUAGAUUUAAAAGGUGGUGUCAGAUUAAUCGACUUCGGCAGUGCCGCAUAUAUAAAAGAAGGUAGAAAAUACGAGACAUUUGUCGGCACGUUAGAUUAUGCUGCGCCGGAAAUUCUUAAAGGGCAGGCUUACACUGGUCCUCCUCAAGAUAUCUGGGCUUGUGGUACAUUACUUUACACGCUGAUUUAUAGAGAAAACCCUUUCUAUAAUAUUGAUGAAAUUAUGGAGCACGAAUUAAGAAUACCUUUUGUAUUAUCACAAGAUUCUGUUGACCUCAUCAGUAAAAUGUUAGACCGUGAUAUUGAUAAAAGAUUAAAUAUCCAUCAAGUGCUUGAACAUCCUUGGUUUCAUUCUAAAUAAUUUAGGAGGUUAUUUUCACACCUCUAUGCUGUACUAUCCCAACUUUUCUUAUUUUUCACAUUUAGCCUUUUAUUAGUUAAAUAAUAAAAACUAAGGCCAAUACCCUUCCCCUUGUAACAUUUUUUUGACAGUGCUUAACAGAGGCAAUGUUUGUUAUUCAUGAUCCAUGGCUUAAUUAAGUUAUAUCUGGCACUGCAUUUAUUAUUAUGAAACUGU